AUGAACGGUCAAAUAAGAAACAGGAUCGUGGCGAUUGAUGCUGUCACCGGCGUGCCCACGACAUGGAACCCUAAUCUAAACAGUACAGUCAAUGCGUUAGCGGUCAGCGGCAGCACGAUAUAUGCAGGCGGAAUUUUUACUACGGUGGGCACCCAGACAAGAAACAGGAUCGCAGCGAUUGAUGCGGGCACAGGCUUAGCCACAUCAUGGAACCCCUGUGCAAGCAAUGCAGUAAGUGCGCUUGCCGUGAGCGGCAGUACUCUGUAUGCAGGCGGGUCAUUUGCCAUCAUCGGCGCCAAGGUUCGAAACGCCAUUGCGGCGAUCGAUGCCAGUACAGGUCUCGUCACAUCGUGGGACCCUAAUGCAAACGGUCAGGUGGCUACCCUUGCCGUCAGCGGCAGUACAGUAUAUGCAGGCGGAAAUUUUACUACCGUGGGUGGUCAGACAAGAAACAAGAUCGCAGCAAUUGAUGCAGGCACAGGUCUCGCCACAUCAUGGGACCCUAAUGCAAACGGUCAGCCAUCCGCGCUUGCUGUCAGCGGCAACACGGUGUAUGUAGGCGGAAUCUUUACGAACAUUGGAGGCCAGUCAAGAAGCAACAUCGCGGCCAUUGAUGCAGUAACAGGCCUCGCCACAUCAUGGGACCCCAGCGCCGAUCGUCAGGUAUCUGCGCUUGCUGUCAGCGGUAGCACAGUGUAUGCAGGCGGGCUAUUUGGUAGCAUUGGUGGCCAGACAAGAACUUUAAUCGCGGCUAUUGAUGCAGGUACGGGCCUCGCCACAUCAUGGAACCCUGGUGCAAACGGUCAAUUAUCUGCGCUUACUGUCAGCGGUAGCACGGUGUAUGCAGGUGGAUUCUUUACUUCCAUUGGCGGCAAGGCGAGGAGCAUGAUUGCAGCGAUCGAUGCAGGCACAGGCCUCACCACAUCAUGGGAUCCCCACGCCAGCGGUCAGGUAGCUGCUAUUGCUGUCAGCGGUAAUACGGUGUAUACGGGCGGAAGCUUCGCCACGAUUGGCGGCCAGACAAGGAACAAUAUCGCGGCGGUUGACGCAGGUACAGGUAUCGCCACAUCAUGGGAUCCUAACCUGAACGGUAAUGUAUUUUCACUUGCAGUCAACGGCAGCACAUUGUAUGCAGGCGGAAGCUUUACUAAUAUUGGUGGACAUGCCACUGGUACUUUCGCCGGAAUCGAUGUAGCGAAUCCAGGGGCAACAACGACUAUUUCCAUCACUUCUUCAGCAAAUCCAUCAACGGCCAGUCAGAAUGUAACUUUCACGUCGACCAUUACAUCAACCGGUACACCUACCGGCACUGUUUCUUUCAUGGAUGGCGCAACGCUGCUGGGUACAGGAACCGUUUCAGCCAAUGCAUCAAGUUUCAGUGUAUCAUCGCUGGUUGUCGGCUCUCAUAAUAUUACCGCCAUAUAUAACGGCGAUGCAAAUAAUCUAACCAGUACUUCCUCCAAUUUGGUUCAGGUGGUAACUAUCAAUGCAACCACCAUUUCCGUAACCUCUUCCGGGAAUCCAUCCCUGUCAGGACAAGCCAUUACAUUUACGGCGAACAUCAUAACACCCGGCACACCCACCGGAACGGUGUCCUUCAUGGAUGGCGCUACAGUUUUGGGAACAGGAACCGUUUCGGCCAAUACGGCAAGUUUCAGUAUAUCAUCGCUGGCGGUUGGUUCCCAUACAAUUACCGCCAUUUAUAAUGGCGAUGCCAACAAUGCAGGUAGCACCUCCGCCAAUUUGGUGCAGCUGGUAAACACACCUGCCCCGGUAGUUGCCCCGAUUACGGGCAAUACCACCGUCUGCGCAUCAUCAGCCACGCAAUUAAACGAUAUUACCACGGGCGGCAUCUGGAGCAGCAGCAAUACCGGGAUCGCUUCGAUUGAUGGCUCGGGUCUGGUAGCAGCGCGAACCGCGGGAACGGCAUUAGUAUCUUAUUCGGUUACCAAUAGCGGCAAUACCACAACCGUAACGACUGUGAUAACCGUAAAUCCGGCGCCAUCCAUAGCAGUCGCAGCUUCUGCUACAGCUAUCUGCAGCGGAUUCUCCGUCACGCUAAGCGCGAGCGGCGCGCAAACGUACUUAUGGCAGCCUGGUUCAUUGAGUGGCAGCAACAUUACGGUAUCUCCUGAUACAACAACUACUUAUAUCGUCACCGGCACAGAUGCCACCGGAUGUCCGAGUAUUUUUGGUGCGGACUGGAAAGCAGUCAUUUCAGGAGGAUAUAGUAGCCUUUCCUAUACCAUGGCCCUUAAAAAAAGAUGGCACUUUAUGGGCCACCGGUGA